AUGGCAGGCAUAAAAUUUAAUCCUGAUGCUCAGAUUAUUAGAUUUUUUGUUCAUCAACCUCCAAAUGUUCUUCUAAAAAGCACAACAGAGCACAUUCAAGAUGAAACUUUCCAAGCACAAGAGAUGGACCAGAUCAAGCUAAAAAUCAGAAGAAAUCCUUUUGCAGAAUUUGACGAAGAAGAAGAGGAAGAGAGAAAACUUGAAGUUAUCACUUAUGUUUCCUAUGAAAAUAUCUGAUGCACGAGCGUUCACUUCUACAUCAAUGUAAUUCUCUAUGAUAUCUUAGCCAGCGAAGUGGCUCAAAGAAUUUUAUACUUCGUUAAGGCAUUCGGCCCAGUCCAGCAUAUUUUCAUUGUAAAGCCAAACCAGGCAACUGCAGAUGACUUUACUUUAGGCGUAGAAGGAGCUUUAUUUGGAAUUCUAAUGGAAAAUGCGAACUAUGCAAAGCCCUUUUUGUUAAAGGAAAAUAAAAUCGAAAUCCCUGAUUUAGGGUAUGUCGCUGUUUUCCCUGGAAGUAUGGGAGAAGAUGUAUGGAAUAAAUUCCAGAAAGAAACAAAUUAUCUGCAAGGGUUCUUUUUUGUAGGAAAAGAUAUGGUCGAUUAUAGGCCUGAAUGUCUAUGCUACUUUGCAUCUCUUCCUAAAGGAUCUUUUCCAUACAGAGUAGCCCAAGAAAUUCGUUCUCAUGGUAUCGAUGAGCCUAUACAUAUGUUAAAAAAUCCAUUUGAAGAAAAAUCUAUAAUGAGGCUUGAAUUUCGGGAAGAAAAAUCUGUUAAUGCUUUACUGAAGCUUUGCAUGAAAAUUAACAACAAGCCAAUUAUCAUAUUGCCUUGCCUAGACAGAACCCCUGUUGAGGAAUUAUAUAAAGCUUAUGAAGUGCUUAUACUAGGAUAUAACCAGACCUUGCAUACUGGAGAGCUACUCAAAGCUUUGGUAAAUAACUUUGGGCCUGUUGUAGAGCUUGUUUUAAAUGCUGGGAUAAAUAAUAAUGGAAACCAGUGUACUUUGGUAGUUUUUCAGACUAUCAGGGCUGUAGAAACUUGCUUGAAAAAAGGAGAAAUUAUUGUUAAAAAACUACGAUUGAGAUUUGAAGCUGUGACGAGGCCUUAUAGACUGACAGGAAGAAUGGUCUUUAAUAGAGUUUAUAAUUCUGAUCCACCUGUUCGACCGCUUGAAAUUAUUCCUUCUCCUUAUUCGUUUACAGAGCCACUUGAAGGAUAA